GGACAUCCCUGAGUCCACAUAGCUCUAAUUGUUACUGACUUGCACUAGGGAAACUAAGGUGGCUGGCCAUAGUGCUGAUCUAAAUUACUCUUUUUUUAUGCCAAGGUCAUGAGUAAAAAAGGGCAAAGAUCAUCAUGAUGAUGAUGAUAAUGAAUAGAUCCAAAUUAAAUUACUUAGUUUUCAUUUUUAUACAGUUUUAAAAAUUAGAGGAUGUAGAUCAUUCAGGUUUUUUCUGUUGAAGAUUCCAUGAAGAUUAUCCUUAAAACUUAAACACAAGCCUAGACCACAUUAAAUGUUCAGGUCACAACAUAUCAGGUUAGCUGUGAAAGCUCGCAGUUGGAAUCCCACGCAGAAGCAAUGGAAAUUAGCUGCUCAGUGUGUUCAGAUUGAAGAAAAGGACAGGAUUGGAAAGUUUUAUUUCAAGAAGGAUGCCAAGUCUGCUAUAGUUGGUCGUCUUCUCAUGCGCUAUGCAGUAUCACAAAUGCUCGAUGUUCCUUACCGCAUGCUCAGAUUUGACAGAACGGAUAAAGGCAAACCAUAUUUGAUCAGCACUGUAGACCGUUCCUCCCCAAGAUGUGAUAUUGGUUUUAACGUAUCACAUCAGGGUGAUUAUGUGGUUUUUGCUGCUGAAAGGGGUAAACAAGUAGGCAUUGAUGUGAUGAAAGUGGAGUGGCCUCGGAACAAACCAGUGUCAGAGUUUUUCGCAACCAUGCAGUCCCAGCUCACCAAAGAAGAAUGGACAGAGGUCAACCAAAGGACUGGUGAUAUGGAUCAGUUAAAAACUUUUUUCAGAUUCUGGUGUCUGAAGGAAAGUUUGGUUAAAACCAUCGGAACUGGAAUAGGAUUCGAUGUAAGUCGUCUCAAUUUUAAAAUUAAAACACCUGAACUGAGGGCGGAUGUAGUAACAACUGACACGCUCGUUGAAAUUGACGACGAAUUAGCACCAGAGUGGAAGUUUGAGGAGACCAUGAUAGAGGAUCAUUGUGUUGUUGUUGCAUUUCAAGACACAGUACAGCAAUCCCCACCCCCUGAUGACGACCCCCACAAGUUUACUAUAAUGGAUGUUGAGGAUCUGCUGGCAGGGUGUGAGCCCCUCCCUGGCACCACCCCUGACCAGGAGUACUGGGAGGUGUUUAGCAGCAGAGAGGAGGAGCCUGGGGGGAGGUGAGGUCUGCCAGUAUAAUGUGAUGUUUGAUAGGAACAUUUAUAGAAGGUUUAUACAACAGGUCUUUGAUGUGUUCAGUAUCAGGUGUCAUUUGAUAGGUACAUUUAUAGAAGAUUUAUAUGAGAGGAAUGUUGUGUUCAGUUUAAUAUGCUGUUUGAUAGCUACAUGUAUAAAAGGUUUGUAAAUGUGUAGUAGGUUGUAUUUGUUAUAAAAGGCUUGUACAACAGGUAUGUGUUGUAUAUAUGUAUAGGGUGUUAUUUGAUAUAUGAUAGGGUGUUAUUUGAUAGGUACAUCUUUAGUAGGUUUGUGCAAAAAAAGUGUUAUGAUUAGGAGUUAAUGUUUAUUGGAAUGUGGUUUUCUUUUGUUAUUGGAAGGUCGUUUAUCUUGUACAUUUGUUAAAGGCUUGGUGUAUGAUAGAUAUGGCCAUUUUUUAAGAUAUACACUGGUUUACUGAUAUUCAAGAUGAUAGGAAUUUACCUAAGUCUUUUUAAGUUUUGGUUGGUCUUUGAGAUGCAGCUGCAAAUGUGCAGUUUAGUACUAAAAUACAAGUAAUUGAUUCAAAUAUAUUUUCUAGAACUGAUAUGCUAGCGAUUGAUCUUUUAAAAUCAUAUUUUUUUUAAUCAACCAAUGGCUGAUCUGUCACAUGGCCUAAUAAGAUACACAAUGGCAAGUUUUGACCAAACAGCUACUAUCUAUAGCAGUUUUUAUUGUAACUUUUCAAGUGUGAAGAAUGUUUUUGUCAAUUUUUAAAAAUUAAAUGCAUUUAUAUAUAUAUGUAUAUUUUUCUUAAAUUAAGUUUUCGUAUAAAUAUGUUUU